UGAUAAGACCUAGACUCGUAGAUGGAUUGAUGCAAUGAACGCGUGCGCGUAUAAUAUAAUCAUACAGGAAUAGUACUUAGACUGUUUAACAUUAACCAAGACCACGAAAUAGUCUUUAAAUACAACAAGCUAAUCAGCAAGAUCUGUUCAGCAGACAUAAGGCUAUGAAUGAAGACCAAAUCUUGUUACUUCGAGAUUGUGGUGGUGUUGCUGCUAUCUGUGAUUCCGUGGCCAGGACCAUCUGUCUUUAAAAUAUCAUGCCCCCGUGAUCGCGCGUCUAUGGUGCGACGAAUCGUACAUAAACGAUGGAUACCUAUUUUAAAAAAAUAUCAAGUGGAAUUGCCUUUGGAAUGCCCAUUCCACGAAAGUCGAGAUAUAUUUUACCCUCAGCAAGUGGCCAAGAUACAGCACAGGACAUCUCAGUGGACAUGUGGACUGUGCGGGAAAUCAUUUUAUGCAGAAAAACAUCUCGAUGCACAUUUCGAUAGCAGACAUAGGAGUAAUGUCAAUACGGCUGAAGAUGCUGUUUGUUUAGCAAAUUAUUGUGACAUCAUGCGUUGUGAUGUCUUGGGUAUGAUGGAACUUGACGGUUCUCUAGUUGAUGAUUCAACAGGUACAGUAAAUACAGAUAUACAAGUUUGGCGAGAGAAUACAGACAGUAGGGUAACACCUUACGUACCCUGUGAAUGCCGUGAAUUAGCGAGGGUGUACAGCAGUAAUGUUGGUAAUAGCGAUAAAUCGGAAAUUAUUUCUACAAGCUCGUCUUAUCAUCGUGCGCAUACAAAACAUUGCCAGACAGGUGAACGUGGUACUUCACAGACAGCUUCAUCAACAUCAACAACAACUGCAUCGUCAUCCGGCUAUCAUCGUGAUAUCCCUCACGAUACCGACAACAAAAGCAGUGCUUGUGAUAAUGAUGAUAACGAGGGUGAAAAUGACACAAGCAAUUUAGUGGAAGCAGCUCUUCCAUCUGCUGGUGAUAGACGAGAAAAAAAUCGUGAGUCAGAAAUUAGGAAACUUAAAUCAAAUUGUAAUCCAGAAGAAUUACAAAAGCUCAAAAUACAAUGUGAGAUAUUGGUAAGAGAUUGUAUUGCUGGUCUUCUUGCUAAUCUUUCAAUAAAAGAUUUUCAAGAAAUCGAGGGAGAGUUAAAUCGUGCAAUUUGUUGGUACUUGAGUUGUGACAGAUAUUGGGAAGAUACAAAACGUCAUCAACGUCAUACACCUUGGUACCUGCUCGUAACAUUUUUGUUUUUACUUUCAUCUGGCAUAUCUGCGUGUUAUUAUGUCGUCUCUCUUCUCCUUAGUUCGGGGGACGACGAUUGCAUGGAUGGUAGCGAGGACAAUCCAGAGUUUCAUGAUGGGCCGGACCGACCAUCAAGUUCUCUUCAUGAUCCCGGAGGUGACGGUCAAUCAGGGGAAAGACGAAAAUAUGAAGACGAAGAUAGACUGAUUGCUGCCGGAGCAAUGCCGGACCAUUAUAUUUACGUCGCUUAUCCACCAGAACUUAAGCGCCGUCUUCUAGAAAGUUGCUACAAUCGAACCACGAGGUUAUAACUCGACGGAAGAUGAUUAAAUAAAAUAAAAUUUUUUGAUUAACGCACGCACAUAAUCAUGCGCAACACAUUUUCUCAUUCUUCAGUAUCAACGUAUAUCAGAUAUCUAUACUUAAUUAAUUAAAAUAAAAAAAAAAAAGAAAGUAUUUCCGAAAUUAAAAGAAAACAUAAAAUUUCCAUUUCUCGUGAAUGUUUAUUUUUUGGCUUAUCAACAUUAAAACCAGUAUGUCAUUUUAAUGGAACCGUCAGAGUCUCUCUGGGUGUCCAUUACACUAGACUGACGCAUCAGUCGACGGGUCGACGUACUGGAUCCUCUAGUUAAUUGUACUUGUUGUUGAUCUAAUUCAACCGCAGAUGUAUCUGUCACUGGUUGCAUUUCAACUGUCUCACCAACUGAGAGAUCUUCGUAUGACGUCGUCGCUGAAGGUGGUCUAAAAUAAAUAUCAUUAAUUAAAUUUAAAUAAAUAAAUUUAAAAAAAGAAAAUUAAUUAAUUAAUAAAUUGUCACUGUAAUAAUACUAGUCUUUAAGAUUGUUAUAAAUUAUUUGACUUACUUGAUGGGCACACAGUGAAGACAGUCAGCACAUUUCCAAUCCUUUCCGAAGAGCUCUCCCUCCUCUACAGUCUGUGGCAGUCGAUGAUGUAGCGUUUCUGGUAACCGUAAUCCAGACAAUCCUCCGAUUACGGAAACUGCCCCAAGUAUUACAAGAGGUAAUACUAAAUUAUCUCUGCCCUGAAAUAUAAUAAAUAAAUCUAAACUUUCAUACUUAUUAAUAACAGUAAUACGCAGUGUUGGUCCAUUUUCUCAUUCCAUUUAAUUUUAUAUAUUUUUUCUUUAAAAUAAUUAUAUUUCAUGUACUUGAAUAAAUCCAUUGAUGCUCAUGAUAAAAUAUAAACUAUUGAUUUUAAUUAAUUAAAUUACGUCUUACC